AUGCUGCUGAAGGGAGGGAGCAAUCGCGAAGAGGCGGAUAGCUUUCUGCGCCUAGCUGUUCGGAGAGGAGAGUACCUGGAGGCACACAUUGCAGCUGGGGGAGGUGGAGGCAAAGCUUCGGCGCUACCGUUGGCACACUCCCUCGAGAGCCUGGUCGCACCGCUUCUGGAGCUCGGCCACAAGGAUGAGGCGCGGCAUUUGCUUCUUCGACCUCGGCCGCCAGAAGCCGGGCCUCGGCACAGCCUGGACGAAGCCGUCCGUGCAGAAAACCUGGCAUCCAUCUACCAGGGUUCUGGGCAGCUGGCGGAGGCGGAGGCGCUGGUUCGCAAGGCGCUGACGACAAUGGAGGCCGCCUUCCCACCUGAGGUAAAGGAUGUGCGCCCGGCAGGCAUCAAAGCCAGGCUUGCGCAGAUUCUGCACAUGCAGGGCCGGUUUGGUGAGGCCGAGCCUCUUCUGCGUGGAGCGCUUGGCCUCUUCGAGGAUUCCUUGGGACCCGAGCAUCCGCAGACGCUCAGCUGCGUCAGGAACCUCGCCGUGCUGCUGAAGCAGCUUCCGAAGGAGCGCCACCGCGCUGUGCUACCCGAGGCUGAGGCCCUUCUCCGGCGAGCUGCCGUGGGCUAUGCUGCGGCUUUUGGGAAGGAGCAUCCAGAGGCACAGCGUGUGCAGAGGAACCUGAACAACUUCAUCCGCUGGCGAAGUGCACAGAAGGCC